AUAUAUGAAGUGUAAAAUUUAAUUUUUUUUGUUGCUGAAAAUUACGUUUAUUUUUUUCUCGCGAGAGCGCAGGUAUUCCAAGCGCAGUUAUAAAUGGAAUUGAACGUUUGCCGUGAGGAGCGAGUCAAGAGAACGAACACAAGCGCACCCGCACCAGCAGCAGCAGCAACACCAGCCAAUUCUCCAACACGAAUCUAGAGGAAAAGCGGCCACAGCCGCCGCCGACAAUAGGGACAGGUCGCAACGCGGCUUUUUCUUUGUAGGGUCCCCCCGCUCUCGCAGGGCCACCGAACUGCAGCACUAUGUGCGAGGUUUGCACCGACUUCCAGAACCUCCUGGAGCUGUAUGAGGCGCGCGUGGCCAGCUCGGAGCUGAAAUUCCAGCUGCUGUUGAAGAGCGAGAUCGAGACGACAUUCAACUACAUCCAGUCAUGGUCCCAGCGGCAGUGCAUGUGCCUGUACCGGGACAACAAGAACUACGACCGGUUCAAUCUGGUGGUGCAGUCCCUCAUCUGCCUGACGGUGCAGCAUCUCAAGCACAUCGAUCACCUGAUUGAGAACUACAAACGUCUCACGGCCAGUGCCGCUCAGGUGGUGGCCCAGGCCCAGCAGCAGCAGCAGCAGCAGCAGCAGCAGCGGGACUCCAGCAAUGAAACGGAGUCGCCGUCGACGGAGAACGAGAACAAGCCCAAGGAGUCUAGCCCAACUGGGGAGAACAGAAAGGAGUCCAGCGCCGAUGAAAUCCAGGCCGCUGGCGAUGGUCCGCCAAAGAGGAGCGGACCGAGCACACCGCCACCGCCGCCGCCCAGUGUCAAGGCGCACAUCCAGUACACGGAGGAGCCGUGGAUAUUGCCGGAGGUCGAGAAACUGCUGGUGCUCGUCUCGAAGGUGUUUCUGCUCAACUUUCCCCUGUACAUUGCCCACAAGCACGGGAUGCACUCGCGCCUGGACGACCUCCAGGCGGAAGAGGCCCACCAUUUGGCCCUAAUCUGUGAUCUACACGAUAAUGAACUUCCCAUCUACCUGCUGCGCAAUGUGAGUCUCUUCUGCAACUCGGGCGGCUUUGGGGCCAUGUCGCUGUGCUUCGAGCAUCCCGACCUGCCCGUGUCCACAGCCCACUCCAUGACCGCCGCAGUGUCGAAUGUGAAGCUCUGGCUCAACUAUCACUGCAACACGCAGCUGUUCGUGCCCCUGCGCAGCCGUAUCCUGCAGUUCAUGUGCAAGCUGUCCGACCAGAACCUCCGUUCAGCGGCCACCCGUGCCAUGGCCGACUUCGUGUGGUCCUCCCUGCGCGAUCCCCUCGAUGUGGCCGUCAACUUUGACACGGAAGGCCUGGCCCUGGCCUUUAAGUACUUCACAUCCACCACACUGACGAUGCGUCUGGCAGGCAUGUCGCAGAUCAACUCGCACAUAAACCUCUUCAACGAGAUCUGCACCACGGAGACGGUCAACGAGGUGGAGCUGUUUGGCCAGCGCAUCGCCAACUGGCUAACGGAGAACCACAUUGUCCAGCACCUGUUCGGGCCCAAUCUGCACGUGGAGAUCGUGAAGCAGGCGCACGUUUUGCUCAACUUCCUGGCCGUAGAGAAUCAAAUCUCCGAGGAAGACAUCAAGCUCAUCUGGCAGGCCACCCAACUGAAGCACUGCUCGAAGACCAUCUUCGAUAUACUGCCGUCGCUGGUGAAGAACCUGGCCCCCCGUCCGGCCAUGCACUUGUACUCGCUCCUCUGCCGCAUGGACCCCAAGGAUCACACCGAGCAGAGCAUCUACAUUGCCUCGGCGCUAACCAAGCUACUGUGGGCACGCGACUGCUCGCGCAGCCAAAUGAAUCUGAUGCAGGACCAUCUGCUGGGCGCCAAUGUGACUGCCUCCAGUUCGGACAGCGGCAGCAUCGAGGGCAGCAACACGGAGGACGAUCACGUGGGCAACGAUGACAGCAGCGUGGCCAGCGGAGGCGGUGGCGGUGGCGGCGGCGUUGCCGGCCCAAUCUGCCAAAAGAGUCCCAUCGACGGUAUUCCGCCCUGCAAGCAGGCCCGUCACCGGCGCCACAUCUGCGAUCCCACCACCGAGAAGGGCAAACAACUCGGCCCCGAAGGCAAAGUGGAGAUGGUCAGAAACAAUCGCAUUGUGAACAUCAUCGACAACACGAGCAGCGAAGAGGAGCUGCAGUCGCGGGCCGCUUUGGAGCUGCAGCUGCAUCGCAACCGGAAGAAGACGAGCAACAAGCGGAGGCGCCAGAAGGCGGUCAACAAGCAGAUGAUGGUGAGCCACGAUCUGGUGGAGAUCUGGGACGGACCGGAGGAUGUGCCCAGCAGCGAUGACGGGGAUGCUGACGGCGACGGCGAGCUGCUGGCCGACAGCGACGACUGCAGCGAUGGGACAGCCAGCCAGCUGGUGCCCUCGGCUGUGCUGAAGCACCUCCAUGGCGAGGGCCCCUACAUUCGGGCCAUCGCCGAGACGAACAUCAGUGAGCUGCUGAGCGGGGGCGAGAACGAUGGCAGCUACUCCUCGCCGAUGAGCAACAAGUCGGAGAAGAAUCUCGCGGACUUCGACGACGAGGAUGUGUCCCCCUGCGAGGAGGAGCUGGCCCAGCUGGUCAACUCCCAUGCCGGGCGUGUGGCAGUGGCCGGUGGCAGCUGCCGGGACGUGCCGCCAGCCUUUGCGGCCGCCGCCGCUGCCAUGAUGGUGGCCCAGUCGGCCAUGGCCAUGCAGAAGUCGGGAGAGACCAAUGUCGCCGCCGCCGUGGCUGCCGUGGCCGCUGCCGCCGUGGCAACAGACAAUGCGCAGCAAUCGCUGGUGGCCACCAUGCGGCAGGCGAAUGCCAAUGCAGCUGCGGCCGUGGCUGCGGCUGCGGCCAACAAAUCCAAGUCGGACUCGGAUGGGGAUCUGCUGGAGGUCAAGCAGCCGCAGCAGCAUAAUUCCUCCAAGGGAGGGAGCAACACCACCUCCGUACAGCCUUCCUUCAAGCUGAACGACGUCUGCCUGCCGGGGAAUACGCUGUUAUGGGAUCUGCUGCAAGAUGAAAAGAUUGGUCAACUGGGUGAAUCUCUGGCCCUGGAGGCGGAGAAGGCGCUGGCCACGCUGCUCUGCUUCAGCAUGGACCGCCAGCUGCGCACAAAGUUCAUCGAGGGCUGCCUCUUCAACGUGGCCAACAAUCGGAGCGUGAUCGUGAGCCUGCGCCUGCUGCCAAAGCUGUUUGCCUCGUUCCAGCAGUUCCGGCCGUCGGACACCCACUCGAUGACGCUGUGGGCGGAGCGCAAUCACCUGAUGAUGCAGUGCUUCUUCCAGAACAUCCGCUUUUAUGCGCGACGACACGCCGAGCUGCUGGUCAACCAGAACGGGGAGCAACAGCAGCAGCAGCUCGGCGGACAGCUGUACUCGCACAAGACGCAGGUCUCGGUCCGGCUGCAGUUCCUUUCGUCGAUCUUCUCGACGGUGGGCUCCCCCAAGACCUUUCGCCUGACUCUGGAGCAGCUGGAUGCCCUGUGGGAGUGGCUGGCACACGAUCCCGAGUGCGCCGACUGCUACUUUUCGUGGCUGCAGGCCCAGGCCAAGGGCGGAGACCAGCAUGCCCUCGGCAUCGAGGCUCUGCAGCAUCUGUACUUGAAGAAGCUGCCCGAGCUGCGGCCCGAGGAGUUCUCGAUGGUGGCUCUGGGGCUGUUCCAGCAGCUGUGCAGCUUCGCGCGCAUCGCCAUGGCCGAGUACGACAAGCACAACGACCAGAUCUCGUCCACGGCCAGUGCCGUGGGCAUGUACCACCUGUGGAAGAUCGCCCUGCGAGCGCAGAGCAACGAGGUUUCUCUGGCGGCCAUCCAGUACAUCAACAUGUACUACAUGGGCCAGCAGCUGCGUCUCGAGAAGGAGUUCGUGUCCCAGUGCAUGGAGAAUCUGGUGCAGGCGGCCACAGCCCUUGAAAGCAUUGAGGACGAGAACGCUCUGAUGAGGGUGCAGCGCGGCCUGCUCCUGUUGAACACACAUCUGGACACGUUCCGCCGGCGCUACGCCUUCCACCUGCGGCGCUGGGCCAUCGAGGGCAAGGGCAUUGCGUCGCACAGCAAUCUGAAGAACGAGGGCGCCGGGGCGCCGCUGCGGCUACUGCUGCAGCAGGCGGGGCUCUCGGAGAAGAGCUCGCUGCAGAUGCACGCCUGCGAUCUGAUUGCGGACCUCAAGGCCGAGGUCUCCAAGUGGUGGGAGAGCCUGCAGACGGGCAUGGCGGCGCCAGUGCUGGGCCUGCUGCUGAGCGACGGCCCGCUGAGGAUCAUCACCCAGGGCCAGGAGCUGACCUCGGACUACGACGAGCGGAGCCUGGGCGAUGCCGGCUUCAAGGAUAAUCAGAUUGUCUACGUGUCCCUGGGGGGACGAGGCGCACGCCGAAAGGAAUCGAAUCUGGAGCAUCCGUCGAUGCUGCCACCGCCACCUAAGGAAUGCCUGCCCACCGUGCUCCUGCUGCAGCCAAAGUACUUCGAGAAGCUCUUCUGCCUGAUGCAAACCCUCGGCGACAUGAAACCCCAGGCCUCGGCAGUGAAUCUGCAGCACCACACCAAGGCGCAGCUGCUCUCCCGCCGCGUCUGGGACAUCCUGGCCAUGCUGCCCACCAAUCCGCAGAUCCUCGAUGCCUUCAAGAGCCUGGUGACGGACCUGGGCGAGCUGGAGCAGCUCGAUGCGAUCGCCUCCGAGGACAAGGAGAAGGAUGAGCAGCUGGACAACAAACGCAAGCAGAUCAAGCAAAAGUUUCGCGACCUACUGGACCCCAACAACCUGCAAAAGUUCAUGUAUUCCUUGCACAUUGUGGAGAGCCUGGCCCUGAGCAGCGUGCGGCGCGAGGCCAACGGAAAUUUCGAGCUGAUGCGCGGCAAAAAGUCGUCGUCAUCAAUGGCCAGGCGAAGGAACAGCAACGAACCGCCACUGCCGCCCCCAGAGCCGAACUCCAAGCAGCAGCAACAGCCACAGAUCUGCGAGUUGCUGGAGGAUUCGGUGCUGGGCGGUGGCCAGCAAUCGGACACAGAGGCCAGUGGCAGCAGUGGCGGCGACAAGGAGAACCAGCCCAGCAGCAGCAGCACCACCACCACCACCACCAAGCAGCAGCAGCAGCAGCAGCAGCACUGCAAGCGGCAAAAGAAAAGCGAAAGCCUGGACAGACCCGUGGGCUGUGCCACACCGCCGUCGCCCAUACCCCCACCACCGCCACUCACGACCAUGGCUCAGGCCAUUCCGACAGGCCCCGCGCCCUUGGUGCUAGGCGACAACAAGUGGAGCGAGGCGUUCGUCAAGUGCGGAGGCCUGCGGCAUCUGUACGAGAUCUUCAUUGCCGGCCAGCUGCAGCAGAGCUCCUAUCCGAAGGAGGUGGCCUUGAACGAGUGGCGCCACGACUGCCUAGCCAGCCUGUUGCGCAUCCUCUGGCUGCUGGGCUUCGAGGAGCUGCAUUCCCCGGACAUCCACGUGCUGCUGUCGCGGCCACAUCCCUUCAUGCUGCAGCUGAUGGAGGUGCCGCAGUGCCUGCGGCGUCUCUCGAGCAUCCUCAACGACGAGGUGUACCAGAACGUGUCGCCCAACUCCCUGGUGUUCCCCUACCAGUUCCACCAGCUGCGCACGGGCUUCUGGGGCCGGGCACAGCUCGUCCAGUUCAGCAUGAACAUCCUCGUGAGCUUCAUCCACGCCUCGGCGGAGGCCCGACGCGUGCUCUGGUCGCAGGGGGACCCCGGCAUGUGGCUGCAGAAGUUCAUACUGGAGGAUCCCGAGCCCUCGGUGCGUCGCGAGAUCUGUGCGGGCCUCUAUCGCAUCUGCUUGGGCAAUGCCCAGAGCUACCGCCUGCUGCUGGCCCCGCUGCUGCACAAGCUGAUCACCCUGCUGCCGAUGGCCGAGCAGAUGAGCGCCUCCACGCAGCACACGCAGUUCCUGCUGUCGGAGGAGGGCAAGGAGCCGUACGGGCCCGCCUGCAGGGACUACUUCUGGCUGCUGGCGCGCCUUGUGGACACCCUGUCGUCGGAGAUUGGCGCCGAGGAGCACAUCGACAUCGAGAUGCUGUGCGAGAGCAUCUCCCAAAGCAUCCUCACCCGCGACUACUACGAGCUGCGGCAGGGCUUCCAGGACGACGCCAUGGUGGGGUUGCUCAACCUCAUGUCGAACCUGAUCAAGCACGACACCCGCUUCAAGUACAAGCCCAAGAUCCUGGUCUUCAUGGACCAGCUGCUGGGCUUCCUCUUCGACAUGCCCUCGCCCUCGGACCGCCACAAGCCUAAGUGCAAGUCGCCCACGUCCCGAGCGGCCGCCUUUGAUCUGCUAAUGGAGCUGACCCGCGGCUGUGCCACCAACUUCACCUAUCUGCACGGCCGGCUGAUGGCCCAGCACAAGUCGGGGCCGAAGCCCCCCUACCCGUGGGACUACUGGCCCCGCGACGAGGGACGAGCCGACUGCGGCUACGUGGGUCUGACCAACCUGGGGGCCACCUGCUACAUGGCCUCCUGCAUCCAGCACCUGUACAUGAUGCCCCAGGCCCGAGCGGCAGUGCUGCGAGUGCCCCCGGCGGGGGCCCAGAAGCAUGCCCCGACGCUGCUCGAGCUGCAGCGAAUGUUCGCGUACCUGCUGGAGUCGGAGCGGAAGGCCUACAAUCCGAGGAACUUCUGCAAGGUGUACCAGAUGGACCACCAGCCGCUGAAUACCGGCGAGCAGAAGGACAUGGCCGAGUUCUUCAUUGACCUGGUGUCCAAGCUGGAGGAGAUGACGCCCGAUCUGAAGCAUCUGGUGAAGCGGCUCUUCUGCGGGACGCUCAGCAACAACGUGGUCUCGCUGGACUGCGGCCACGUCUCGCGCACCGCCGAGGAGUUCUACACGGUGCGCUGCCAGGUGGCGGAUAUGCGCAACUUGCAGGAGUCCCUGGACGAGGUCACCGUCAAGGACACCCUUGAGGGCGACAACAUGUACACCUGCUCGCAGUGCGGCAAGAAGGUGCGCGCCGAGAAGCGGGCCUGCUUCAAGAAGCUGCCCCAGAUCCUGUGCUUCAACACGAUGCGGUACACGUUCAACAUGGUAACGAUGCUCAAGGAGAAGGUGAACACCCACUUCUCGUUCCCGCUGCACCUUAACAUGCGCCACUACGUGGAGAAGGCCCUCAUGCCGCAGCAGUACAAAGAGGAGCGCGAGAAGCGGCAGCGGGAGAGCGAGGCGGGAUCGGGCGCGAACGAUCGGGAUGAGAACGAAAAGGCUGAGGCAACGCUGGAUGCGGACAUUGAGGAGUGCUAUGAGUACGAAUUGGUAGGCGUCACCGUCCACACAGGCACCGCCGACGGCGGCCACUACUACAGCUUCAUCAAGGAGCGAACGAAGAACAACUUCCAUCCGCUCGAGCGGUGGUUUCUCUUCAACGACGCCGAGGUCAAGCCCUUUGAUCCCUCGCAAAUUGCAGCCGAAUGUUUUGGCGGCGAGAUGACAAGCAAAACCUACGAUUCGGUGACGGAAAAGUAUCUGGACUUUAGCUUUGAGAAGACCAACUCCGCGUACAUGCUGUUCUACGAGCGACGGCUGCCGGAGCAUCUGCAGCGUCGGCAUUCCGAGCUGCUGGUCACGCCCACGCCCAGUCCCGUCGUGGAGGAGAAGCCAGAGGCGGGAGCGGCAAGUGCCCAGGAGGAGGAGGAGGUGGAAGUGGAGGAGACACCGAAGGUGGAGAAAGUGGAAAAGGAUGCUGAGAGCGAGAGGAAAAAGGAGGAGCCAAAAGAGAAACUGGAGGAGCGGCGGGAGGGGAAGAUGCAGACUGACAGGACGGACCAGGAGGAGGAGCAACAGCAGCAGCAGCAGCAGCAGCAGCAGCAGCAGCAGCAGCAGCAGCAGGAGGAGCAGCAGGAGCAGCAGGAUGGGGAUGGGGAGGGGGAGCAUCUAACAGCCAAUUGUGAUAAUUCUAAGCCAAGUAACAGCAGCAGCAGCAUCAGCGAGCAGCAACCUUCCACCUCCAAGACUUCUUCGUCCUUCAAGCUGCAGCUUCUUUGUCCUCUGCUUAACAAAGAGCUGGAGGACUGGAUCUGGCAUGACAACCGCCAGUUCCUGCAGGAGCGCAACAUCUUCGACCACACAUACUUCAACUUCAUGUGGCAGCUGUGCAGCAUCAUACCGCAGACUCUGGUCUCCGAAGCCGACUACACCUGCAUGGCUGCCCAGUUGUCGGUGUCGUUCUUCAUCGAGACCUUCAUCCAUGCCAAGGAGAAGGUACUAAAAACACUUUAUUUUGGAUCCAGUCAGUCAUUAGUUCAAUGUCUUUUGUGGUCUCUUCCCCUGGAGAAGCCAACAAUGGUGCACUGGGUGGAGCUGCUGACCAAGGAGUUCAUUGGGAGCCAUGAGGCCUGCGAGUGGUUUCUGUCCCAAAUGGCCCUGGAGCCAUUCUGGCCAGUCCAAGUGCUCAUCCAGUGCCCCAAUCAAAUGGUGCGCCAAAUGUUUCAGCGGCUAGUCAUCCACGUUAUCCAGCAGCUGAGGGCAUCCCAUGCGGAUCUGUUCCUGGACGUGGAGACAGAUGACGAAGGUAAGGAGCUGAUUGGCCAGGCCUCGUGCGUGACGCGAUUCAUUGGCUCUCUGAUAUCGCUGCUGGAGCACGGGGCGCGCUCGCAUCUCCGUCAUCUGUCCGAGUACUUCAGCCUGCUGUGCGAGUUCUCGCGCAUGGGCGACGAGGAGGCCAUGUUCCUCCUGCGCAUCGGAGUGCUCAAGAGCCUGGUGGACUUCUAUCUCGGCAACAAGCAGACGACGGACAGCAUCGAAAUCAGCUCGGACAACGAGGACAACUCCUCCGACGAGGCGCUCUCCGUGGAGAAGAUGCGGCCGGCCUCGCUGGACAAGAUGAUAGCGCUCUGUGCCAGCCUCGUGGAGAGAUCCCGCGGCCCCGAUUUCCGUCUGAAGCUCUCCCCAAAAGACUUUAACGCCAUAGCCGGCGGCAAGGGUUUUCCAUUCUUGUACCAACAAAUAAAGGAUGGAAUUAAUCCGCACCAGACCAAGCACUUAAUCCAUGCUCUCUGCCGCUGGGACGACCGCUUGGCCACCCAGAUCGUCAGCAUGCUCUUCGCGUCGGUCACCAAGCACACGGAGCUCUGCGCCCCCUUCUUCAAGCUGCUCACGCUGCUCACAGAGACCCAGGGCGGUCCCGUGGGCCUGCCCUGCUUCACGCAACUCAUUCUGCCCCGCAUGUGGGACGCCGCCGAGUACUGCCCGCAGUCCGUGCUCGACUGGCUCUCCCUGCAGGCCACCAAAAACAAGAUAGCCCACGCCUGGAUCCUCCAAUCCGCUGAGCAGUGGCUGGAGCAGUUCCUACUGGCCCACGACAACACGCGCGUGCGGAAUGCUGCCGCCUUCCUGCUGGUGGCUCUUGUACCCUCGCAGCCCUUCCGCGCCAACUUUCGGGCGCACUCGCAGCACAAGCUGCUGGCCCUCAACCCGCACAGCUAUCGGCUACACUUUGUACGUUCCAGCGACAUCAAUAGCGAGGCCCAGGUGGUGCUCCAUCAGGUGAUCACGCUGCUGCUGCGUCUGUUGAGGCCGGCGCGCGUCUAUGCGGACAUUGCCUCCCAUGGCACCACCAAGCUAACCGCCUAUUUCAACCUCCUCAGCUACUGUAUGGUUUCAAAGACUGAAAAACUAAUGAUAGGUUCGUUCAUGCGCUCCCUGUGGGAGCUGUUCCAUCCGCGCCUCUCGGAGCCCAGUGUGCCCGCCCAUCACAACAAGCAUGCUCUGCUCACCUUCUGGCACCAUUCACUGGUGGACUGUCCCGAGAAUGCCGCCCAAGUGGCCAGCUGUCCGGAGAUAACGCGCAACAUAGCAUUUAAUUAUAUAUUGGCCGAUCAUGAUGACGCCGAGAUCGUCACCUACAACCGGUCCAUGCUGCCCGCCUACUACGGCCUGCUGCGGCUGUGCUGCGAGCAGAGUCGUGCCCUCACCCGCCAGCUGGCCCAGCACCAGAACCUGCAGUGGGCCUUCAAGAACAUCACUCCGCAUCCCACCCAGUAUGCGGCCGCUGUGGACGAACUGUUCAAGCUGAUGGCUCUGUUUGCCACGCGGCAUCCAGACGCCGGCGAGCAGGAGAAGCUGGAUGUCAUACAGUUCAGGCGGACAAUCAUUAUGUCCUACAUGAGCAGCCUGGACGCUCGGGUCUCCUGGUCCACGCUGAUCAGUGCUCUAAAGAUAUUGGUGGACAAUGAGGAUGAUCGCAUGGUGGUAAUCUUCAACGGAGGGAUUGAGAUGUGCUUUGAGGCGCUGCACACGCUACAUUCCAUGCAUCACGAGGCGACGGCCUGCCAUGUGGCCGGGGAUCUGUUCGAUCUGCUCGGGGAGAUGCUCCUGCUGCUGGCCACCCUGCGCACCCGGACGGACAGUCCCGCCCAGAAGAAGCAACAGCAGCAGCAGCAACAACUGGAGCAGCAGCUGCAACUGCAGCAACAGCAGCUCCUGCAGAAGCAGCAGCAGCAGACACAGAGCACCCAGUCCCCGCAGACGCCGCAGCAGAAGGAGAAGCAGCUGCAGCAGCAGAUGCAGCAGCAUCUGCAACUCCAGCAGCUGCAGCACAUGCAGUUCCAGCAGCAGCAUUUCUUGCGCCAGCAGCACCAGCACACGGCCCUGGCCAAGGCCCUGCCGGAUGCGGUCAAGCGGCUGGCCACGCUGCUGAACACAUUCAACUCGCCGGAGAUCAGCCGCAUGGCCCUGGAGGUGCUCAAGGAGCUGGUGCGGAACACCAGCCUGGAGGCCACCAAUAUACUGGCGCCCAUUCUGAUCAACUGCCAUUUGUCCGUGGCCAAUGCGCCGAAUGCCAUCGGACCCCUGGGUCCGUUCUUCCCGCGACGCGGAGCCAAGCACACGCCCUGGCCGCUGGGGGCCAAGAACUCGCCACGGCCGCCCCGGCCCAUGGUCCAGAUGUGCAUUGCUUUGUCCGAGCUGACGCCGCGUGGCCUGGAUGCGGAGUACGAUGCCCAUGUGGAGGCCUUCUACAGGCCCUAUCACGACUUCAUCGACGUGAUGAUGCGGAUGUGCGUCAACACGGGCUCCCUCAACGACACCCUGGUCAAACUGCACUGCCUGGUGGCCAUCGAAUCAACGCCGCUGCAUUUCAAUUACUUUCCCAAGUUCUGGGUGGGCAUCCACAACAAUGCCCUGACACACAAAUACACGGAGCUACUGGUCAAGAACCAACUGCUGGUGGAAUACCUGCACAAUGUGCUCAGGGACGAGCGCAGCAUGCUGAAGGACACGUGUGUGCGCGAGUUCCUGGAGCUCUACUACCAUCGGGUGGCCACCCAGCUGCCAGUGGCGCGCAUGAUCUACACGAUCAACUACGGCAUGCACUCGAAGGAUGACAUCGAUGAGCUGUGCGGAGAUCUGUUUGCCAUACGGAUCAUUGCCGAGGCGACGGGUGUGCCGGCCACCGUGCGGAAGGAGUUGCGUGGCUCCCUCAGGGCGCUCCAGAACAAGAGCGAACGCUUCAGGAUAGAAGCAGAGCGGGACGAAUUUCCCAACAAGAAGCAGAAACGGGACUCGUACAAGGAGAAAGAUCAGGCGGCGCAGUCUGACACCGAUAACUCCUCGGUUACGGAUCCCAGCAAGGCCACAGAUGUCUCCAUGGAGGUUGUGGCCACCAACAGCCUCAACAGCGACCCAGUUGUCGACAAAACUGCCAAACCACCGACACCUGCCGGCAGCGAGGACGAGCAAAUGGAGAGCACGUCUUCGGAGAAGCUCGGAGAGAAAGCUGGCUCGACGCCAUCGUCUGACGACGAAACGGAGCUUGAGGAUGAGCUCGAGCCCACGCCCAAGCGCAACAAGAAGUCCAGCAACAAGAAAACCGCACAGGAUCGCCUGAACGAGGAACGAGAGAAGCAUCUGAUCACGCUAAUCACCAUGGAGUCGUACAUCCAAAAGAUUUUCUCCAUCUUGAAGCGAGACUCGAAGCAAAUCGAAGAGCAGGCGGCAGCCUCCGAGGCCUCCACAUCGGCAGCGGCGGCGGCCAAGGCCAGACCGAAGGGGGCGCACACUCCGCCAGAGCCGCCCAUGCCCGAAGCGUCCAUGGAAACGGAGACGUCAUUCUGUGGACGGACAGAGGACGAAAAGCGACCGCAUUCGCCCGAGGCCGGCAAGCCCAAUGGCAGCCAGCCGAUGGCCGCCGAUACCCUGCCCAGCGUUAUCGAGGCUGCCCUGGCCACGCCCACCACACCCGCUGUUGCCUCCACAUCCCAGGCGGCGAGUCCAACACAAAUGUAGUUGUCGUUCAACGAUUUGAUCAGCAUUUUAUUUUUCGGCAAGCCCCUGGACUGAUCAUGGGAAAGCGGGGAUGAUGGGAUUGGGGGGCUGCUGCUUAACUUGUAAGAAUUUCGUGGCCAAAGGUCAAUGUUAGAUACGGAUACGAAUAUAGAUACAGAUACAGAUUAAUGUAAGCAACCCAAGGUUGGUGCUAAUGUUUGACUUGUGGACUCCAAUCUGCUCCACACACACGAAGAGACAGACGAAACAGACGGACAAAAGAAUUCAGAUUUAAAAAAGUUACGGAUACUAGACUGUAAGGUUAGCUUAGCGGCAUCUAACUCACACACAUUCAAGACCCACAAACACAUACAUAUAUUCAAUAUAUAGCUAUAAAUGUAACUAUUUGUAAGACUCCCCAAGCACACAACCAAGAAGGAGCCCAAGCAGAUUACCUUUCAGAAUUUCGCCAAGUGCAAAAGAUUGGAAAACAAUUUGUAUGCCAAAAAGAACAUCAAACUCAAAACAAAGCUGAAAUAUUAAAAGAUUACCAUUAACAAAUGGCAUUGAAUGUUUUAACAGCAAUAGUGGCAGAAGAGUAUAUCAAUGAAACGGCUUACGAGACGCUAAUAUCUAUUAUAUGUGUUGUAUUAGGAUCCAUUAAGUGUCAUUUAUGAAACGAUGCUAAGACAUUUGCUCCUCCUCAUCCUCUUGCUCCUCCACAUCCACAUCCCCUUACCCAUCCCCGUCCCACCAGCACGGUAAAUGAGAAACGAUACGUUAGAAAUGAACAGAUAUUAUUACGAUACCUAUAUACAUAUAACUUAACGAAACAUUUUAAAAUAUUGGAUGUGUGUUGUUAGCCAACGAUUUCCAAUGUGAAUUGUGCACAACGCAAACAAAAUCGAACAGUUCUUUUAGUUCAAGUUAUAAAAUACAACGUAGUCCGUAAGCGAUUGCUGUCCCAAGGUGAAACACAACAGGACACAAGAAAUGAUACCAAUAUGAAUAAUAAUAAAUAAAUAAAGCUUAAAGUAAUGGCCCGCCCCGACGAAUCCCGGGGAGGGCGCACAUUGUUAGACAUAAGCCACGUACACGCCCAGCAUACGAUCGAAAUCUACAAUGUAAUGUGUUGAAACAGAAAACAAACGAAAACUAAAAUCACAAACUAAAACCAUGAGAGAAUAUAAGUUAACUGAUAUGUAAUUGAA